GCACGACACCUUUCUACUCAUCCCUCUGCUGUUUACUUUGGCUGAGAGACAACCUCUUGAACUUCAGAGACCUGGGCAACAAUUCUUAUCAAAAUGGUUGAUUCCGAGCCUCCACCUAAACUCUCCCUGAGCGACGUCAACACCAAGGCCGUGGCCGCUGAAGAUGCGCCCUCUGCCGAGGAUCCCCAAGUCUCCUCAAUCGAGAACAGUUCACAAGCUGAUGGCGAUGAGUACCUCACUGGAUACAAGCUCGCUGUUGUUCUUGCCAGCAUCAUUCUCUGCUGUUAUUUAAUGCUUUUGGACAACUUGAUCGUCAGCACUGUAAUUCCUCGCAUUACCGACACGUUCCAUUCACUUUCAGACAUUGGUUGGUACGCCAGUGCUUAUCAGUUUGGCAGUGCGGCCCCUUCACUUCUAACGGGAAAGAUAUACACCCACUUCCACACAAAGUGGACAUUUCUCGCCUUCUUUGGUAUCUUCGAGCUUGGUUCUUUGCUUUGCGGGGCAGCUGUCUCCUCGUCUAUGCUGAUAGUUGGGCGUGCUGUGGCCGGCCUCGGCGCAUCAGGAAUAGUAACUGGAGCACUCACUAUCCUUUCUAGUUGUGUACCAAAGAAAAGGCGUCCAGCUCUACUAGGCAUGGCAAUGGGAUUCAACCAACUCGGCUUGGUAACUGGACCACUUAUAGGGGGUGCGUUGACGUCCUACAGCAACUGGCGUUGGUCUUUUUACAUGAACCUUCCCAUCGGUGCUGUUGCAGCCGUUGCUAUCAGUCUGCUCCGAAUUCCUCAACAGACAGCCAAAGCACCUGCAAUGUCGGUGGCACGCCAGCUACAUCGUCACUUGGACCUCAUAGGUUUUGUUCUCUUCGCACCAGCACUUCUGCAGCUGCUCCUCGCCCUACAAUACGGUGGUAAUCAAUAUGCAUGGAACUCCUCACGCGUCAUUGGUCUCUUCUGCGGCUCCGCUGCUAACUUUGUUGUCUGGUUCAUUUGGAAUCGGCACAAGGGGGACGUGGCUUUGUUACCCUAUACAAUGAUAGGUCGGACCGCUGUCUGGGCAUCAGGGGUCUAUCAGGGGCUUCUUUGCUCAGCGUUAUACGGAGGGGUCUAUUUCCUUCCUAUUUACUUCCAAGCUGUCAAUGCCGUGGGCCCCUUGCUCAGCGGUGUCUAUCUUUUGCCAACCAUCUUGCCACAACUUGUCACGGCAGCCUCCUCAGGACUGAUAAUAUCCAAGUUUGGCUACGUGAUGCCUUUUGGCUUCUUAUCAUCAACCCUAUUAUCUGUUGCCAGCGGCCUGUACUCAUUGCUUCAACCUGGCAGUCCAACUGGAGAGUGGGUUGGAUUUCAGAUCAUAGGUGGCAUUGGCUCAGGCGCAGGACUGCAGGUGGCUGUCAACGCUAUCCAAGCCGUAACCACCGGGAAAGAAUUGUCCUCCGGCAUAGCCUUCAUGGUUUUCUGCCAGGCACUUGGACCUUCUAUCGCUCUCGUGCUGUACAACGUCAUUUUUGGUGCGAGCUUGAAAAAGGAACUCGCGCAGAGAGCACCGAAUGUCGAUGCACAAGCCAUUAUCGAUGCGGGGGCAACGGGCUUUCGCGGCCUUGUCCAGCCGGGAGACUUGAAUGCUGUUCUGAAAGCUUACGCUAAUAGCAUUGAUCAUGUGUUCUUCCUAGUCGCUGCUCUGGCGGCUCUGUGCAGCAUUUUCGUAUGGCCUAUGGGCUGGUAUGACAUUAGGAAGAAGGGCGGGCCAGAAGAUGUUACGAAGUCGACGGGGGCAGCGCAGAACGAGAAGAGAACUAGUGUUCAGGGCCAGGAGGGCAGGGAAGUAUAAGGGCUCGUGUUGGAAGCUUGAAGUGUAAUAAUCCUCAAUGUACCAGUAACAUGUAUCUCAUCCCCAGAUGUUAUUGUCGCGAUCAUGAAUGGCUACGAAGGAAUCAAACCGAAAUUCUAUCUACCUAAGUAUAGACCACAUUCUCUGGAUGUGAAUGUAGUCUAGAAAGACUAUGA